GGGACCGGGACCGGCUGCCUGAGCGAGGUUGUCGCCGCCGAGCAGCUGUGUUCUGCCCUGGGAAGUGCUGGGCCCCGCUCCCUUUCGAUCGCUAUCGGCGCCGGAGGCCCUUAGGCCCAGGAGAAAAAACAAAAUGGCAUCAGCGACGGUAACAAACACUGCUCCUUCAGGAGGAUCAAAUGAUGUGAGCCUGGAGGAACCAAAGAAGAUGACCAGGGAAGACUGGAGGAAAAAGAAGGAAUUAGAAGAACAAAGAAAACUAGGAAAUGCACCUGCUGAGGUGGAUGAAGAAGGAAAAGAUAUCAAUCCUCAUAUUCCUCAGUACAUAUCCUCAGUACCGUGGUACAUUGAUCCUUCUAAAAGACCCACACUAAAGCAUCAGAGACCUCAACCAGAGAAGCAGAAAAAGUAUAGCUCCUCUGGAGAAUGGUACAAACGAGGAGUUCAAGAGCAUGCUGUAGCAACUAGAUAUCGUAAAGGAGCUUGUGAGAACUGUGGUGCAUUGACACACAAAAAGAAAGACUGCAUGGAGAGACCUAGGAAAGUUGGAGCAAAAUACACAGGUAUGAAUAUUGCACCAGAUGAACAUGUGCAGCCUAAACUGAUGUUUGAUUAUGAUGGAAAGCGAGAUCGUUGGAAUGGUUAUAACCCAGAAGAGCACAUGAAGAUCGUAGAGGAAUACUCCAAGGUUGAUUUGGCCAAACGUACACUGAAAGCCCAGAAGCUUCAGGAAGAGUUAGCAUCAGGAAAGCUGGAGCAAGUGAACUCCCCAAGACACCAAUGGGGAGAAGAGGAACCAAAUUCACAGACAGAAAGAGAUCAUAAUAGUGAAGAUGAAGAUGAAGAUAAAUAUGCAGAUGACAUUGAUAUGCCUGGGCAGAACUUUGACUCUAAAAGACGUAUCACAGUUCGAAAUCUACGUAUUCGGGAAGAUAUUGCAAAAUACUUGAGGAAUCUAGAUCCAAACUCUGCUUAUUAUGAUCCCAAAACCAGAGCGAUGAGGGAGAACCCCUAUGCCAAUACAGGCAAGAAUCCAGAUGAAGUCGGUUAUGCAGGUGAUAACUUUGUUCGCUACACUGGAGACACCAUUUCAAUGGCACAGACUCAGUUGUUUGCUUGGGAGGCUUAUGACAAAGGCUCUGAAGUUCAUCUUCAAGCAGACCCUACAAAAUUAGAGCUACUUUAUAAAUCCUUCAAAGUGAAAAAAGAAGAUUUCAAGGCACAGCAGAAAGAAAGCAUCCUUGAGAAGUAUGGAGGACAAGAACAUCUGGAUACCCCACCAGCUGAACUGCUGUUAGCUCAAACAGAAGAUUAUGUGGAGUACUCUAGGCAUGGAACAGUCAUCAAAGGACAAGAGAAAGCUAUUGCAUGCUCUAAAUAUGAAGAGGAUGUAAAGAUCAACAACCAUACCUGCAUUUGGGGUUCAUACUGGAAAGAAGGCAAGUGGGGUUACAAAUGCUGCCACUCAUUUGUCAAGUACUCGUACUGUACAGGAGAAGCAGGGAAAGAAAUUGCUAGUGCUGAAGCGAGCUUACUGGAGGAGCAGCCCAGGGAAGAAGAACACCUGACAAAACCCAAAACACUGAUGGAGAUCCACCAAGAGAAGCAGAAAGAGAAGAAAAAGAAGAAGCACAAGAAGAGCUCAAAUUCAGAUAGCGAGGGUGAAGAGAAAAAGAAGCAAGAAAAACUUAAAAAGGCUCUAAAUGCAGAAGAGGCUCGUCUUCUCCAAGUUAAAGAAAUCAUGCAAUUAGAUGAGAGAAAGAGGCCAUACAACAGCCAAUAUGAAACCAGGGAGCCAACAGAAGAGGAAAUGGAAGCCUAUAGAAUGAAACGUCAGAGGCCUGAUGAUCCCAUGGCCUCUUUUCUUGGACAGUAGUCCCAGUGAAAAUCAUUCCAACGCAUGAGACUUUUUUUCAUACUUGUUUACAACUCUGUAGACGCUUCCCUUCCGUGUGUCUAAUAAGUGCCAGAAAUGGCAGAGACAUCGUUGCACCAAAGAAGUUGGUGAAAACGUCUUUCAACAAACAUAAGCAGCCCAAUACUUAGAGCAAUUUUAUAUUUGUGUAUGUAUGCAUAUACAGUCACAAAUAUGUACACACAUAUGUAUGAAAUUCUAUGUAUAUAUAUUACAUACACGUACUGUAAAUUCUUUAUUGGAACAGAAAAGAUCUGCUACUGGCUGGAAUUCUAGGUUUGCUUGGCCAAGUAAUGUAUGCAUAAAGUCACGAUACGCCCAGUAACAGUGACUAACCAAAAGAAAUGGUCAGCAGGUGUCACUGCUAAUACAGAACAGAAAUUGUUGAAAAAGAAAUACAGCUACUGGAGACUCUUUAAAGGGCAUUCAUUGCCCUCACAUGGCUUAGAAAGGAGAAACAGCUUCUUUCUUGAUCACGUUGUAGUAAGUAUUUUGGAAAUGUAAAAAUGGAUUGCUUUGUACAGUUUUGUUUAAAUUAAUAUAAAAGUCUAAAUGCUGUCCUUUUUAACAAAGAGGUUAGGAAAAGCUAACUGUGGAGCUUUUAAAUUUUAAUUCUGUUUCUGCAGAAACAUACAAAUUUCAGUUGCAAAGCUCCCAGUUCUUUGGUUUUCUGUUUGAUAGCAGUUUUCAUCUUACCUUUAAAACUUCUAGAACACUGUCAUGUGUAAUACCAAGUGUCGGCCUCUAAUGCUCUGAUAAUAUGAAGCACCAUCUGCUUUUUGUUUGGCAAUAUUAAUCCUUAAACAGGGAACUUUCCCUUUUAACUAUUAAAAGUUGAAGAAAUGGGUGAAAACUUCACAGCACACCUUUGGAAUUGGGAUGCUGGAGAAUUAUUUCUGUUAAGGCUUAAACCAUCUUAUUAAAUUGGCUUUUAUAACCACAUUUAAUGAGGUUAUAUUAAUGGUAGGAUAAGAAAGACUGUAAUCCUGUUUUUUCUUCUUAACCUGAUUACAGUUUCCACUUUGUAAAGAAUAAAGGAAAUUAAAAUUACUGGAAAAAAUGAAACAGUGUGUUGUGGCUGUAACGUGUACCUGUAAAGCUAGUUUUUUCCUUAUAUUAGUUUUUUCUGUGUCCUUCCACUUUGUUACAGAAAUGCUAAUUCUGAAUGCAGACUUUGUCAUAAAUCCGACUGUAGA